AGAUAGAGUCGACUAGAGAGAGAGAGAGGAGAGGGAGAGAGAGAAAGUGGGAGGGAGGGAGUGAGACUGGAACUCAAUUCCACACAGACGAACCUACAGAGGCUCAGAAAGACCGUCUCUCCUGCAGCAGACACAGCUGGAUGUGGUUUCUCCAUCUUUUUCUAUAAAUCUGAAGGCCAUUCUGCUGGAGAGCCAGCCAAACCCGCCUCAGGGAGCAGGAGAAUGGAGAGCAACAUGUGACCGAUCCGUUCGCCACUGUCGACAGCAUGCUUCGCCUCCUUUGGACCUUGGCUUUUUGCUUCUGGUGUUUCUCGCUGCUUCACAGGCCGGCUGUGGCUGACGAGGAGGCUGUUUGGGGGCUGACGCCGGAAGGAGAAAAGCAACCUGAGGAUACUGAAAGCUUUUCCUGGUGGAGACCUAGACUGCCAUCGGUGCCAUUGGUGCCAAAGCUCUCCCUUCCCUCACUACCAUUUGGUUAUUCAUUCUUUGGGAGUUCAAAAAGUAAAGAGGAAGCUGCUGUGCUGACCACAACCGCCAAAGGAUUAACAGAAUCGGUCAACCCCUUGCAAGAGAACUUAGGCUCAGGGGAUGGAAGCAUUGCUGAAUCCUCUGAACCACAGACUACUUCAGCUCAGGAGUUCCCCACUAGCGUGACAGAGAUAAGAAAAGAGCCCCUUCCUGCAGAGACAUCAGAUUCUCCACACAGCACCGCAGCAGAUACCCACAAUGCCACUCUUGUUUCAGACUCCCACUCUUCCACGAGCACUUCUAUCAGAAACACUCUGUUCACCAACAAUCCCACCAGCACAAGCAGUCCUGAACAAAAUGCAACACAUACCAACCCACCACAGAGCACGGCACAAGCAGCCGGGCCCAGCAUGGGUGCCACUACACAACACCUCUCAGAGGAACACACUGAUGAAAACAAGGCUGAAGAAUUUACAGAAAAGAUCUCGUCGACGAUAGCACCAGAAACUACAGUUCCCACUGCCUUGACAUGGGCAGAAGCCCAAACCACAACAACAAUCCCAGGACUUGUUGAAACCACACUGCCUGGACACGCUCUGAGGCCUGUUACUGCUUCCCCUACUUCCACAUUCAUCAGACACCCUCAAGACACCCAUGUCGCUAUAACCCUCCAUGCAGGAGAGGCGACAAUGAGGGAAUUUCACCCCACUCAGAGCGACGCCGACAUGAGCUUCUCCGAGGCCAGGUCGGGGCCUGUGGAGGAGCAACCGGGGGUAAUCACCACCAGCAUGGGGAUUGAUGGUGAACUAGGGCCGGGAUCCAUAACAAGCACAAUUCCAAGCCAAAGGGUUGACUUCUCAAUAGCAGAAGAUCUGCCGGGAAAAGAGGAUAAAGAUGAUGACGAGGCCGAGGAAGGUGGGGUUCCUUCAGGAGACGGGGACGGUGACACAGAGUUGGCAGACAUUUCCAGGACUAAGCUGCUAACGCCGUCCAUGCCGCAGAGCACAGAAAUUCCCCCAAAAAUUGCUAAUAUUCCUGUGUACACUGAAGACUGGAUGUCCAAUCCAAUGGAUGGUGACAUCACCUUCCUUCCAGACUGCAAUAAAGAUCGUUCCGGCAUCUGCAACCUCUCCGACCCCUGGGAGUCUGCAACCCCUUCUGACAUCAAACCAACGCAGAACGCUUCUGCCACAAACCAAUCACUAAACCCCUUCCUGAUCCCAGCGCCACCAAUGUUGGUGCCCCUGUACACUGACUGGAACAGCGCCAUGGCAGACUGGGGCAUAGCCUGGGAGGCGCACGUUUACGGUGCCGGAUGCGCCUUUGCAAUGCUAACACUAGCCUCAGCACUCAAUUUGCUGUGCUUGCCACUAAGAUGCCCAUCUGGAUGUGGGUACUUCGCCCUGGUCAGUCUGUUCCUACUGGCUGCUGGUUGUACCAGAUCUUUCUCUCUCUUGUACGACGCCUAUGGCCACCAGGACCGCCUACCCUCUACAGAAGCCUCCCUGAUGCUCUAUGAAGCACCGUUUCCCUGCUUGACUGCAGCUUUCGGCCUGGUUUUCCUCCUGCUAUCCAUGCGCUCGAGAAUGCAGCUGUCUUACUCAGCCUUCCAGAGACCAUGUUUCUUGGCCUGCCUUGUAGUCCUGCACUUUGCCGCUGCAUUUGGACCAGUGACACUGCUGAAGCUCUACCAGCAGAAACCUCCCCUUUGCCUCUUUCUUUCACUCAUGUCCCGUGGAGCCUUUGUUGCACUGGCCACAUUUUUGUCUACUGCCUUUUUUGUGUUUUACAUCUAUGUGCGAGCAGACUCAAAGCACAUCUACCACCUGAACAACACGUCUCCGACACCUGCUGAGCGCUACAACCGCUGCCCUUUUGCUGAGAGCCGGGACUGGGACCGUGCUGCUGUGACUGUUUGUGUUUCAGCAUUGUUUUCUUUAGCAUGUGCAGGGCUGCAGUUAUAUGCAAUUCUCAAUGCUUUAGGUGUUGCAGGUGGGGAGGAGGUCUUUCACCCUUGGCCAUGGUGGGCUUUUCAGUUUAGUUGCAGACUGUGUGAGCUGGGGGUCUGUCUAACGUUAGCUUUGGUGGUCGCACAACCAGUUUAUUGUUCUGACCACCUCCCAGCUGCAGGGAGCUGUUGGACAGAACUGCUGGCAGCAAAGUCACCCAUCCUACCUGGGACCUACCAGUGGAACCUGAACCAGCAUGAGAAGCUUGCCAUCGUUGAUACCGUUGGACUGGGAGAGACAGAAAGUCUUCCUCUUUACACUCUGAUGGAUGAAAGGCUUGGUUGUAGUCUGAACGGCCUGGACCUUCUCUACCACAGCAACAGGGCCUUAGCUUACAGAGACUUGGACUUGGAUAUAGACCUACAAGGUUCAACAAAACCUGAGGGCGGAGGAGACAGAGAUCCCUCUGGUGGAUCUUCAUUUAACAGUGACUCGACUACAGAUUUACGGCCACCUUCACCCAUCAACUUGCGCCGCAGCAUAGAUGAGGCACUCUUCAGCGAUUCCCUCUUUCCCAUGAGCCUCUUCAGCCCCGCCAGGCCUUUACGGUGCAGUGAUCUAUCUAUGAACAACCACAGUGCACUUCCCAGCAAUGGCCUCUGUGAUCCUCUUUCAUCUGACCCUGGCCUCUACAGGACCUCGUCCUGCAUAGAGAUGAACGCUAUACCUAAACCCCCUCGUGCCCAAACUCAAGGAGAGACUGUUGUAGGUGCUCCACCAUCUCCCUCUUUGUCCUCUUCUUCCAGCUGUUCCUCUCCUGAACGCUGGAGGGGCAGUUCUUCCUCCUGUUCCCUCUAUCGAGCCUCUCUCGGAGGCUCCUCGUUAGUCCUCUGCCCGAGUCCAGAGAGACAUGCUCUUCAGCUUCAGCAGCAAGGGGGAACAGGCCAAGUGUCGCCCUCUGGUUACCACGGUCAUGCUGAUCCACAGAGGAACUACCAAACACUGGGCGCAGCCUCCCAGGAGAGUCUGGAUCUAGACAUGUCGUCUGAGGCAGACCGAUCGGUGCAGGAGGAGUUCAUCAGUGUUUGCAGACAAAUCGAUUCUUUGAGCAUCUGCAGUGAGACUAUUGAUUUAUAAAAGGACGGUCUAGUUGAAUGAGGGUAGCAACAAGGACUUAUUAAGGAGGGUGCCCAGCACCCCACGUUGACUGUCAGGGUGUUUUGGUAGAGCAUGGCAGCUUUGUACAUCGUGAAAUACCUGUAGCUGCCAAAUUAAGGUUUUUGGAGGUUUGAUAAGCUUUCUAAAGUGGUCAUUAGUGAAUGUCAAUGAGGGUUUAAGUGCCAAGAAUGUCAUAAGCCAAAAGGUAAUUUGUAACUUUUACAUGUUUGAUAUUGGCUGGUGAAGUUUAAUACAGUCAAAAGAAUUGUAACAUUUUACUGAGUGGUGAUGAGAUUUUAUUUGUACAAAUGUUUUUAUUGCAUUCAAACAUUCCAAUAGAUAGUACUGUGAAUAAAGCACUUAUUAAAUACUACUGAAGUCAUACCCUUUCAAACUCUGCCAAAAGCUGUCUUUACAUCUCGUUUGAUAACUGGAUAAGAAUUUAGUCAACCAUUAAAAUCUCCAUAUCAACACGCAACACCUCUUACUUGCUUGUGGUGCAACAGUGCCCUCUACUGGUAAAAAGCACAUGUUACCUUAACCUCUUACAUUAAUCACCAACUGAUAGUGCUUCUACUCACACUGACAACAUCUUCUAUGACCCACUUGCUAAUUUAUUUAUGUUCAUACAUAAUUUUGCUUAAGAUAAUGUUUAAUAAAGUUUGUUUUGUAA